AUGGCCAGCACCACCACCAACUCCCCCAAGACCUCAGACCCCGAACAAUUCAUGCACACCUCCGGCGCCACCGACCCCGUCUGGAUGCACAAACAGCCCUACCAAACCCUCCCCUCCUUCCCCGCGCUCACGCACAACCUAACCACCCACACGGCCAUCAUCGGCGCGGGCAUCGCCGGCAUCCACGUGGCCUACGAGCUGGUCCUGCGCGGGCACCAAGUGGUGCUGCUCGAAGCGCGCGACGUGCUCUCCGGCGAGACGGGCCGCACCAGCGGACACCUGACCAACGACCUGGAUGAUGGGUACGUGAAGAUUGCAAAGAAGCAUGGGGAGGCGGGGGCGAGGGUGGCGGCGGAGAGUCACGCGUGGGCGAGGGAGAGGGUCGGGCAGGUGGUGAGGGAGUUGGGAAUCGAGUGCGAGUUUCGGACGGUCAGGGCGUGUGAUGUGAGUCAAUAUCGGAGGGGGGAGGGCGGGUAUGAGGGGGAGAUGGGGGAGUUGAGGGAAGAGGCGGGGAUGCAGAGGAGGUUGGGGGUGGAGAGUCGUUUUGAUGAGAACCUGACGAUCCGCGGCUGGACUGGCAAACCGGACCAGCGCGGAGGAAUGGUCGUCGAGAACCAGGCCACCUUCCACCCGACACGGUACCUCGCCGGCGUGCUGUCCUGGUUGAAGCAGCAGCCCAACUUCCAGUGCUUCACGCGCACCCGCGUCUCGGGGAUCCAUGAGAAGGGCGUGGAGCUGCUCGGUAUGGGCCACAAGUCGGUGACAAUCGAGACCGAGGCCGGCCACACGGUCCACGCCGAGUACGCCGUCGAGGCCACUUGUAUCCCUCUUCAGAAGCUGUCCAUAGUUGCAGAACUGGAGUACUUCCGCUCGUACUGCAUUGCCGUGCGAGUACCCAAGGGUUCGGUCGAGGACUGUCUGCUGUACGACAACGCCGAGGCGUACAAGUACGUCCGGUUGACGGCAUGCGAUGAGAAGGACGACUAUCUAGUGGUGGGUGGAUGCGACCACAAAGUUGGACAGGAAGAAACCAAGCCGCGGUUUGAGGAACUAGAGAAAUGGACCCGCGAGCGGUUCACCCAAGCUGGUACGACAGACUACCGCUGGAGUGGUCAAAUCUUCGAGCCCGUCGACUACAUGGCGUUUAUCGGCAAAAACCAGGGAAACGACAAGGUCUUUGUUGUUACGGGUGAUUCUGGAGACGGAUUGACGCAUGGUGUGUUGGCUGGGAAACUGAUUGCGGACGAAAUCGAAGGGAAGCCGAAUGACUGGGCGUCGUUGUACAACCCGAAGAGACUGGGCAGCAUCCUGAAGACGCUGCCGAGUAUGGUGAAACACGACGUCCAGAUCAAUUUGCAGUACAAGCGGUUCCUCCAAACAGAUAUCACUGAUAUCGAGGAAUUGGACCGUGGAUGCGGUGGUGUCUUGAACUCGGCAACCGCCAAGCCCCUUGCCAUUUACAAGGACGAAAACGGCAAGGUGACCAAGUACAGCGCCCUGUGUCCUCACAUGAAGGGGGUCGUUUGUUGGAACCACGCCGAGAAGAGCUUUGAUUGCCCUGUUCAUGGCAGCCGGUUCUCUAAAGAGGGCAUUUGCGUUAACGGCCCUGCCAAGAUGAACCUCCCGCCGGCGGACAAGGCGGGUGCGGAGGGCCAGGAGGAUGCUGCCGGCGCGGGCAUGUAA